AUGUGUGGAAUCUUCGCUGUCUACAACUAUCAGGGCGAUAUCAAUGUAUACCGUAAGAGGGCACUUAUGUGUUCCAAAAAAUUAAGACAUCGUGGCCCUGAUUGGAGUGGCUGUAUUAUCAAAGGCAAUAACAUUCUUGCUCACGAGCGAUUAGCUAUCGUUGGUGUCGGAAGUGGCGCACAGCCCAUCACGAAUGAAGACGAAUCGAUUGUCCUUGCGGUCAAUGGAGAAAUAUAUAAUCACAAGGGAUUGGAGAAACUAGUACCAGAUGCCGUUUUCAGCACCCAGUCUGAUUGCGAAUGUAUACUUCAUGUGUACGCGAAAACGGGCAACGCAGUCGUUGACUAUCUCGACGGCAUGUUCUCCUUUGUCCUUCUCGACGUUCGCAAUAACAAAAUAUUGGCGGCACGUGAUCCAAUCGGUAUCACCCCUCUCUACCAAGGAUGGUCAUCUUAUUCACCAGAUACCGUGUAUUUCGCCUCCGAGAUGAAAGCAUUACAGGACGAAUGCGAUAAAAUCAUAUCGUUUCCACCUGGACAUUUUUAUGAUUCAUCAACGAAAGAGACGACUCGGUAUUAUCGUCCUCCUUGGUGGGAUUCCAGCGUUGUACCCACAUCUCCAGUUGAUUAUAAGCUGUUGAGGGAAACGUUGGAAAAGGCCGUGCGUAAGCGUUUGAUGAGUGAAGUACCAUACGGGGUCUUGUUGAGUGGUGGCUUGGAUUCUAGUUUGAUUGCAUCGAUAGCUCAACGGGAGGCAAUCAAAUUGGCUGCAAGUCAGAAUGGCUUUGCGGGAGACGAUGUCGAUGAGAGUGCGUUAAAGUCAUGGCCAAAACUCCAUUCAUUCUCAAUUGGCCUUCCACACUCACCAGACUUGGCCGCUGCCCGCAAAGUUGCAGAUUUUCUGCAAACGGUGCAUCACGAAUUUACCUUUACCAUUCAAGAGGGCCUCGAUGCACUGCACGACGUCAUUUAUCAUCUCGAAACUUAUGAUGUGACGACCGUCCGUGCUAGCACACCAAUGUACUUGUUAUCACGAAAGAUCAAAGCUAUGGGUGUUAAAAUGGUACUUAGCGGAGAAGGCAGUGACGAGAUCUUUGGAGGAUAUCUCUAUUUUCACGCCGCUCCCUCUGCCACUGAUUUCCAUGAAGAGACUGUUACUAGGGUGAAGAAUCUGCAUACGUCAGAUUGUUUAAGAGCCAACAAGAGUACGAUGGCAUGGGGAUUGGAGGCAAGAGUACCGUUUUUGGAUGCGGCCUUUCUUAAUGUUGCUAUGAAUGUUAAUCCUGAGGAAAAAAUGUUUAAACCUGGGAGAAUGGAAAAGUACAUAUUGAGGAAAGCCUUCGACGUCUCCACCACUGAUGACGAUCGGCCAUACCUCCCAGACUCGAUUCUCUGGCGCCAAAAGGAACAAUUUUCCGAUGGAGUAGGUUAUAGUUGGAUCGAUACUCUUAAAGCCACGGCAGAAAAGCAUGUGACCGAUGAACAGCUAGCCACUGCUGCUAAACGAUGGUCCAAGGAUACGCCAACAACAAAGGAAGCUUAUUGGUAUCGUGAAAUGUUUGAGGAUUCGUUCCCAGAAGAUGCUUGCGUCGAGAGUGUUGUCAGGUGGAUUCCGAGAUCCGAUUGGGGUUGUCCUGAGGAUCCUUCUGGUCGUGCCCAAACUGUUCAUAAUGCGGCAUACGCUAACAAACAAUAA